CAACAGCACUCAUGCUUCAAUUUAGAUGGCUUGAACCCACUACAGAGAAAUGAUGCCGUUAUAACAUUUCCAACUGCUUUACUCAAUGAUAAGUGUGACCAGUUUCAAUUUAGUUUAAUUGUAUCCAGUGGAGAUCGCAAAUCUUCAAGUGCUGAAAUUUUUUUAUCCAUCAGUCCAAACACAAAUUCUAGGUCACUUAAAAUGACUUGUGUUGAAUGCACAGGUAGUUCAGUCAACUGGAACAAACCGUUUUCUGUGCAGACUGUUUGUACAGAUUGCAGUGAAACAGGCAACUUGACAUUUCAAUGGGAACUUUUUUGGAUUAAUGCAACUGAGGACAGCACUACUGAAGUUCCAUUUUGCAGGAUAAAAGAAAGCAUGGGGGCUCCAAGUUCAUUGGGUGCAAUUCAUUCUACCAAAGAAACAUCUUUUGAAGUCUCAAACUUGCAAAUUGCAUCAACUCAAAUUCAGUCUACACCAGUCUCUCCAGAACACGAUUAUACUGAAGAUUUAUCUAAAUUACUUUUGUUACAAGAAGUCAUUCAUAAUAACAGUGAAAACACAGAGUCAACAAGUGGAUCACCUGAACUGCCCCUGAAUCUAAUAGAGGAAGGAUCAUCAAACGGUAGGCAAGGAUUAAGAGAAGAUUAUUCUGAUUCUAAAGAGUUUGACCCUCAUUUUUCUAGUGAUAUUAGGGAAGGUAUUGGAGGCUCUGGGACAAGGACUGAAGGUGAAAUAGAUCUUGAAGAGGGUUUUCCCACUGAAUAUUCUGGUUCUAACCUUGUUCAUCUGCCAAAUACAGCACCCCAGAUUUUACCUAUGACAGAGUGGUUAAAACUUCCGAUUAGUAGGGAUGUAUUCAACAGUUAUUCUACUUCAGGGAUUAAAUUAGGAGGUUAA